CUUAGCUAUAAGUGUAGACACGAUCUUGUCCAUGCGGAUUUGCGUGACUUGUGAGUGUGCUGAAAAUGCCUCCACUGACAGCAAUGAAAUUACAAAUGUUGUUUGCCAUGUGUUUUGCACGGGCCUACCAAGAAAUACCUCAAUACCAGCACAGAGACCCUGUGACAUCUAAGGUGCUGCUUUGUGACCAGUGUCCACCCGGAACAGCUGUGAAACACCACUGCAGCACAAAGGAACCCACUGUUUGUGCCCUCUGCCCAGAAAAAUGCUUUGCGGAGCAGUGGCACUGGGGAGACAGCUGUCAACAUUGUACAUCUGUCUGCAAGGAAAGACAGAUUGUACGAAGGGAAUGUAACAGCACUCAUGACAGGCUCUGUGAGUGUAUACAUGGAUAUUACCUAUUGGUGGAAUUUUGUGUCCGACACACUGCCUGUUCACCUGGCUUUGGUGUCAUUGUGCAGGGGACACCAGAGAGGAACACCUUGUGUGAGAAAUGUCCCCAGGGUUAUUUCUCCAGCACAUCUUCAACCACUGAACCAUGCAUACCCCACAGGAACUGCACUCAACUAGGCCUGAAGACUGUAAGACCAGGUACAGCCACCCAUGAUACUCUGUGUGAUUCUGAGAAUAAAGAGUUCACUUUUGACUGCUCCAAUCAACACACAGAGUGUCACAAUGACAUUAUAUUAUGUGAGGAAGCAAUAUUUAAAUUCCUUGCAUCACCACCUUUGGCUUCUGUCUCUGUGGAGCAUCUCUCUGAGAGCCUUCCAGGACGCAAAGUGGACUGGAAGAGUGUUGAGAGGCUGAAGAAAAGCUGCAGCCCGCAGCAGCAGGCACUACAUCUGCUUCGUCUCUGGACAGAACAAAAUAAGCACCAAGACAAACUCCUCAGUAUCAUCCAAGGUAUAAACCACUGUGAGAGGAAAGUAUCUCACUGUGCCAGUGUAAAAAACCUUACUCUGGAAGACCUUUUGACCUUGAUGGAGAGUUUACCUGGGGAGAAAGUGAGCGAGGAGGAUAUUCGAGCCCUGGUCCGUUUCUGUCCCUCACAGCGUUACAUCCUGCAGCUUCUACACCUGUGGAAGAUUCAGAAUGGAGCUCAGGACCUAGCCAAAGCUUUAUCUCACAGUCUCCGCAGACUACAUUUGAAAGGUGCUCACCGACACCUUCUUAAAAUUCUGAAGAGGAUCAGUCGGAUUAUUAAUGCGUCAUCCAUACACCGUAUGUAUGAGAAGAUGAUUGUUAACAUGAUCCAGGACAACACAUUUCAAAACCCAACUGUACAAUGACUAAUUAUACUUUAUCGAAGGACAAUUAAAACAAGUUAUUUAAGUUUAAAGCUGCAGUUGGUAACUUUUGACGCUCUAGUGGUUAAUAAACAGAACUGCUUGCGUCUCGCGGAAGAACAUCUUAGCCGGAACUACUUCUCUCUGUUUAUGUC